CCUAAACUCCGCCUUGCAGCGUCUAGCUCGUAGUGAAGGAAGUGAAGUCAAAGUUGACAAAGUGUCGCCUGUCGCCAAAGACAUCCAGCCGUGGACUGGCGGAGGAUCGUUUCUUAGACGAAGGAAAGCGACGGAGGCUUCAGGUGUCGCCAUGGAGGCGCGCUGCUAGUGAGAACAUACGCUCGUUCAGCCUCCAUUUUUAUUUUAUUUUAUUUUUUCCCGCCGUGGAUUACAAAAGUGAAACACUGAAAAGUGGACCAAGACUGGACCUUUGGUGACGGAUUGUGUGAGAACAAUGAACGUGUCACAGCCAGAUAGCAGGAAACCAAUACGGGAUCUGCUUUUGGAGGUUGGCAUCCGAGUUCUGCUCUUUGGAGUUUUUGCAUUUACUGAAUUUCUAGAGCCCUUUGAAAGAGUCAUACAACCUGAGGAGCUUUGGCUCUACAAGAACCCGCUGGUUGAGUCCGAUCACAUUCCUAAGAGAGUCAUGUUCGCAAUCUCCUUCCUUACCCCGCUGGCUGUGAUAUUUGUUGUGAAGAUAAUUCAGAGGACAGACAAGACUGAAAUUAAAGAGGCAUGUUUAGCUGUUUCACUGGCGCUCGCUUUGAACGGAGUCUUCACAAACACCAUCAAGUUGAUUGUCGGCAGACCUAGGCCUGACUAUUUCCAGCGGUGUUUCCCAGAUGGUCAGGUGAAUGCAAAGAUGCUGUGCACUGGAGAACCACAUCUGGUCUCAGAGGGGCGCAAGAGUUUUCCCAGUAGUCAUUCCUCCUUUGCAUUUUCUGGCCUUGGUUUCACUUCCUUCUACCUGGCGGGGAAGCUGCAGUGCUUUACCAGGCAGGGUCGAGGUCGGAGCUGGCGUCUCUGUGCCACGGUGCUGCCCCUCUACAGUGCAAUGAUGAUUGCAUUGUCCCGGACCUGCGACUACAAGCACCACUGGCAAGAUGCCUUUGUUGGAGGCGUGAUCGGGCUGCUGUUUGCAUACAUCAGCUAUCGCCAGCACUACCCCCCCUUUCUGCACACGGACUGUCACCUCGCCUACGCCAGCCUGACUGCAACCGCUCACAUCACCCCGCCUCAACCCCAGGAGGAUCAGCGGGCCACUGAAAAUGCCACCACCCUCCCUCUAGAGGGCUUGACAGAAGCGCCGCUAUGACUAGUGGCCACCACCGAGACCACCCUCGCCGAACCAGAGAGCCCCCUCCACAUUCCCACUGACUAACUUACAUGGCUCCUGUGUACAUUCCAGAGGACAGUAAUUAAGCCACACUCCACCUCCAUCCUGUUCUAUACUGUCUAGGUCAGGGGUGUCAAACUCAUUUUAGAUCGGGGGCCACAUGGAGAAAAAUCUACUCCCAAGUGGGCCGCACUGGUAAAAUCACGGUACGAUAACUUAAAAAUAAAGACAACUUCAGAUUGUUUUCUUUGUUUAAAAAUAGAACAAGCACAUUCUGAAAAUGUACAAAUCACAAUGUUGUUGGGGUUUGUUUACACUUACAUGUUGCGGUUAAUAGUAUUCUAUCUUUAUUUGUCGUUAUUUAUAAUUUCUGAAUAAA